AUGCUGCCGUACCUGUUCCCUGACCUCGCCGCCUUUCCCACAGUCGCUGACCUCAUUACGCACCUUCGCACUAGUGACAUCCGCUACCGCGCUGCGCUUCCUGCUGAGUUCUGUGCCAAGAACCCUCCCCCCAUGUACAUCACCCUCUACUACAUAGUCACACGGCUCUCUGACUCCCUUCGCUUAGUCACGGACCACUUCCUCUCAGUUUGCCCCACCACACUAACCGUUGACCUCCUCGGGGAGCGCCUCCUAGCAGCAGGGAAGAGCAUAGUCGCUGUAGGAGCCUCUCGUGGUGACCCUCGCACCCCCGUCUUUGAGGGGUGUUCCCCCUCCCCCCUCUUGCCCUCUGUUGCUUCUGCUGCUGCGGCCGACCUUGUUGAUUUCGAGUCGAUCGGCGCUGCGUCUGCCCCUACCGAGAGACGCCGCACCGGCAAGGGCAAGGGGGGCAAGGGCACUAGAGGGGCUGGCGGGGGCGAUGGAGGUGGUGGUAGAGGCAGUGGAGGGGGUGGGGAUGGUGGUGGGAGUGGUGGCGGGGGUGGAGGUGUCAGUGGCAGCAGUGGAGGCGGAGGAGGCGGCGGCGGUAGCGGAGGCGGCGGAGGUGGCGGAGGCGGCGGAGGUGGCGUUGGCGGCAGCGGCAGCGGUGGAGCUGGUUGCGGCUCUACGCAAAGGAGUGGCUCCGGUGGUGCUCCGCGCCAGCAGCAGAAGCGCGCUCGUGAGACCCCGUCCCAUCAGCAGCUUCGUGAGUGGUAUGCUGGGCGUCAGCGAGGUGGGGGUACUGGUCCCGGCACCUACGUCCUCUAUAAAGGCGACCGUGCUGGGCUGGGGUUGGGGUAG